CAUCGAUCUCCAAUCGCCAUCUUUUUCUCCAUCUCGUCCACCACCCAAUUCGCCGGGUUCACUAGUAAUAUGACCAGCCAGCUCUGCGCACGGCUUUACUUUGUCGCGUGCGGCGUGCGUGCUAACUGUUUGUGAGCCGCUUUCUCAUACUAUUGCAUGUCGAUGAUGUAGAUGACUUUUGAUGGAUGACCAGUGUAGGGCUGGAGCGUUCGUGUCGAGGGCGUUUGUUUAUAUCCACUUUGCGCGCGCGCCAUGGGGAAAUCUGGCUGUUGCUUGUCUUACACGUUCCUGUCUCCCCAAGUCCUUGUUCUUUGCUCUAGUAGUCGUGAGCCAUGACUGAGCUCAUCCGCGACACGCUCUUCGGGCAUACCAUCCGCUUCGUCUCGCGCGGCAAGUAUCUCAAGUUUUCUGAAGAGCGGGAUCCCAGUCUCUGGAAGCGAUAUAUCGACGAGAAGAAAUCUGGGUAUGCGGCGUUUCAUGGCAGUACGGAGCCGCCAGAGGGUGAGGAAGAAGUCAAUGGUAUUGGUGGAGUGAGGACACGCGACGAGCGCCGUGCGAAUGGAAAUAGGGACUCUGAUGCUAGCGAGAAGACUUCUGUCGAUGGAGAUGUGAACCAUGUUAGUGGAGUCAAGGUCGACCCGGAGAAGGGGAAGGAUAUACAUCUUGUUUCGUGGUUUGGAGAUGAUGAUCCUGAGAACCCCCAAAACUGGUCCCUCUUCAAAAAAUGCUUCGUCACAUUCCUCAUCUGCCUCCUCACCUUCAGCGUCUACAUCGGCUCCGCCAUCUUCACCGCCGGCAUCACCGACGUCGUCCGCGUCUUCGGCGUCAGCCAAGUCGCCGCCACGCUCGGCCUCACCCUCUUCGUCGCAGGCUACGGCCUAGGGCCCAUGAUCUGGAGCCCCCUCUCCGAAAUCCCCCAAUUCGGCCGCAACCCAAUCUACAUCGGCACACUCUUCAUCUUCGUCCUCUUCCAGAUCCCCACCGCUCUGGCAUCAAACUUCGGAAUGCUCCUCGCCUUCCGCUUCCUAACCGGCUUCUUCGGAUCCCCCGUGCUCGCCACCGGCGGCGCCAGCAUCGGCGAUAUCUUCUCCCCGCGUAAGCGCGCGUAUGCAAUGGGCGUCUGGGGCAUCGCCGCCGUAUGCGGGCCUGUCCUCGGGCCUCUGGUCGGUGGCUUCGCGGCCGAGGCCGAGGGCUGGACAUGGACGAUCUGGGAGCUCAUGUGGCUGUCCGGCUUCUGCCUGGUGGUCUGCUUCAUCUUCCUGCCCGAGACAUCGGCAAACAACAUCCUGUACCGGCGCACGCGCCGUCUCCGCCGCCUCACCGGCGACGCUAAACUCAUCUGCGAGCCCGAGCUCAUGGCCGAGAACAUGACGACUCGGGACAUUGCCGUCAUGACGCUUGUCCGGCCGUUCACGCUCAAUUUCACGGAGCCGAUGGUGUUUCUGCUGAACUUGUAUAUCGCGCUCGUGUACGGCCUGCUGUACAUCUGGUUUGAGUCCUUUCCCAUCGUCUUUGUCGAGAUCUACGGCUUUAGCCUGGGCCUUGAAGGCGUCGCGUUCCUGGGUAUCUUCGUCGGUGCAUUGCUCACUAUCCCGCCGUUCUUCUGGUACCUGCACCGCUACCUCGAGCCGCAAUUCAACGCGAACGGCGAGCUCAAACCCGAGAAGCGCAUCCCGCCGUCCUUUGUCGGCGCAGUCUGCAUCCCGAUCUGUCUGUUCUGGUUCGGGUGGAGUGCGCGCGAGAGCAUACACUGGAUCAUGCCGAUUAUCGGCAGUGCGUUCUUCAGCGUGGGCGCGGUGCUGCUGUUCAACAGCGUGUUGAACUACUUGUCCGAUGCAUACCCGGAGCAUGCGGCGUCUGUGCUUGCGGGAAACGAUUUGUUCCGGUCGAGUUUCGGUGCGGGGUUCCCGCUGUUUGCGAGUGCGAUGUAUAAUAGGCUUGGUGUUGGGUGGGCGAGCAGUCUGCUUGCGUUUUUGGGCAUUGCGUUCAUUCCGAUUCCGUUUGCGUUGUACUUUUAUGGUGAGAGGUUGCGGAAGAUGAGCAAGCAUGCUCGGAAGGACUUUUAGAUGCUGAGUAGACGCAUAGAGGUUUUGGGUCAUGGAGGAGAUGGAAAUUUUUAAACCUCUGGGAGACGUGUAAGGAUAGCAUUAUGAGGGAGUAUCGCAUGGCGUUACUGGCGUUUACAGAAUAUACCACC